AUGGCGACGCGUGCGAAUCCUCCCAAAAAGGUCCGCUUGGCCUGUCGCCGCUGUCGGGCCAGACGAAUCAAGUGCGACGGCCAAGUUCCAGCAUGCACCAAUUGUGCAAAGGCCGGCCAGGUUUGCCUGGAUGUAGAUAAUCAAAACUCCGGCUUGCUGGUUCCCCGAAAUUUCGCUGGCGCUGCAAGAGCUAGGAUCCAAUGGCUCGAGGAUAUCAUUAAAGAGCAACUCCCUGAUGUCGAUCUCGCCUCAGGCCCUCAGGUUGGCGCUUACCCGGAUCCCAACACCUCGACCUCAAGCGACCGAGAGCAUGUUGACGAUGAUGGCCCAAGCCCGCCCAUCACCUCGAACCCCUCGAGGACUGAUGAUAUCACAAACCAGGUUUUGCACUCAAGGCAGUCUCUGAAGCGACUUGCCGAAGGUCCAUUGUCUGACGGGCCCGAUGUCUCCUUUCUCGAGCGUGCUCACUCGAUUGCUCUCAACCUGGGCGUGCUUUCUCUCAACUCGGACUCGUCACAGAGACACUAUAUAGGUUCCAGUUCGGGUCUUUUGUUCACCCACCUCAUUGGCGCAACGCCUUCGAGUACGGGAUCUCCCUCUGUAACCGGUGCAGAAGCUGGUGAAGUAGAAAGAGAUGAAUGGCUCGCAGAGGGAGCACUGGGUAAUAUGUCACACCAGUACUACCGCUCGUUAUAUCUCUUUUUGAAACAGGAACUUCCACGGAAAGAAGACGCGCUGGUCUUGUCUCACACGUACAUACGCUGGAUUCACCCUGACUACCCCGUGCUUGAACCGUCGUCUCUUCUGAGUGCCCUGGAUGCGCUGUACUCAUGUGUAGGAUAUUCCCUUGAGAAUGACACCUUUCCUCGCGGCUGGCCAAGUCAAUUCGAGGCAUUUCGAUGGAAUGGACGGCUCAUGUCUCCACAUCAUCCCGACGCACAGGUCAUACCCAUGCCGGUAAUUGCCUUCAUUGUCUUCAUGGUGUUCAACAUUGCUGCAAUCGUCAAGGUGCGAUCGCGCAUCUAUGAGUACCCUCCCGAGAGGUUCUAUCGCGCUGCUUCGCACUUCUCCAAAGAUGCAUUUUCCCAAACCUCACUUCCAUCGAUCCAAGCACUCGUCUGCCUCAUCACGCACAGUAUGUUGACGCCUGCGGAUGUAAAUCUUUGGACUUUGAUUCAUGUUGCGCUAGCUCACUGCGUUGAACUUGGCAUUCAUCGCGAAGAGCCCCUCGCGGAAAGUGAAGACUUGGCGUAUCAGCAAAUUAGGAGAUUCACCUUUUUCACCAUUUAUUCUCUCGAUCGGUCCAUAUCGUCCAUCCAGGGACGACCGCUCGGUUUUCGAGACGAAACAUUCGACAUCAAGAUGCCUGACCCUGAAACGCCUACGACCUUGGUGGACAAUCACAUUGCCGUUUCAUUCGCUUCAGCAGUCACUCGGUACUCGAUACAUCACUGGGAGCUGGAUCGAAUCAUCUCGGACAUCAAGUUGCUCUUCUACCAUCUGCCAGGGACCUCACUUUGGUGCUCACGGCCAAUGGACCCGCCGUCGCAGCAGAUCAGAAUCCGGGAAAUGCUUGCAAGUUGGUGGGAGCGCGCAUCGACAGACAACUUCUCGUCUACUGGCCUUGACAGCCGGCAACGCCAAAUAUGGCGUCUCAAGUUGAAGAUAAAGUAUCAUUCGGCGAUGGUCAUGCUGUUUCAGCCAUCCCAGAUACUGCGAAACCCAGGAGAAGACUCUCUUCAGACCUGUUUCAACAAUGCAUCCUGCAUCCUGCACGAAUAUCAACUACUGUACGACCUCCACGGGCUUCAUCACGGGUGGCGGACAGUGCAAAACAUCUUUGCAGCGGGCGCGACUCUCAUCUAUUCAUUCUGGACGUCCGCUGCUGUUCGAGGCAAUGCGUCGACCACUGACUUGUCCAAAAACCUAAGGACCUGUUCCAGUCUUCUGACUGUUGGAGGAGAGUGGUGGCCUUCAGUCAAGAAGGGUCAGGCCAGCUUUGGAUCACUGGCGGAUCUUACAAUACAGAAGCUCUACACCGACAGCGCCCCUUCCAAGCACCCCCGACUCAUGCAUCAAAACGCAUUGCAUCUUCGGAACCAAACACAACGCAGUCAGAUGCCAACACCCGAUGAGAACCUUACGGAUACGGCACUGGGGCUCGAUGUAUCCGAGGGGCAAGCUGGGCUGGAGGGUGAUGGCGUUGCUGUAUAUCAAUCACACAGCUCCAGCUUGGGUCUAUCGUCGGGCCAGGAGGCUUGGCAGGACUCUUUGGGAAUCGCCGACGAAUCCACCGAUCUUUUCCCAGAAAUUGAGAAUUUCCUCGCCGAAUUUGAUCGAUCCGAUUUUAUCUGGAGCUUCCCCUUGAACGCCACCGGGGAUCCAUACAACACGGACAUACCCGACUACAGCUGA